UGGCUGAUCCCCCUCCACCACAUUUAGCAAGAAACGCCAGUGUGUGAUAGGCCAGUGGGCAGACACAGAGGGGGCAGGGAGAACAGUCCUAUUGAAAGCUGAGAAAACUGUCCAGCACAGUUCAUGAGCUCACAGCCAGAGAAGGCUGAUUAAUGAAAAAGAUUCAGGGGUGACGAGGAGUAGGAAAAUAUGGUAGUGUGAAAGCCUGGGCUGUGCUGGAAACUUUCAGAGGUUCACUGAAGUUCAGGAAAACGGGCGGACAUUUACAGAAGUCAGCCACGCCAACGUACGGUCUCUGCUCCCUGCUUAUCAGCUACCACCUAAGGGCAGUGAUGGACCUGCCGCUGACACUCCAGGCGUUUCUGCUGCUCUGUUCAAUCACAGCUGCUGUUUGGGCAUGUCCAAAUGGAUGCAGGUGCCAGAACACCAAAGUCCUCUGCCAGAGCCUCUCUGAAUUCCCCACAGCUCUGCCCUCAUCAACCAGCAAUAUCUACUUCUCUGACUGUACGUUUAGCUCCCUGAAGCCACAAGAUACAGCAGAUUUCUCUGAUGCGCUGACUGUGUUUAUGGUUAAGGAUACAGCUUUAAGGGAAGUGCUUCCUGGCGUAUUUGAUUCCACUCCAAACCUUAAUGCCUUGGGUUUUCCUGGUAAUGAACUGAAGGAUCUCCCAGAGGCCUUCUUUCAAAAUGUACCACAGCUCAUUUCUCUGAAUCUGAGGGGCAACAAGCUGUCGGUGCUCCGGCCUCAGUGGUUUUCUGUGUUGACGGCGCUAAAAGAAGUUGACCUCAGUAGGAACUUGUUUUCAUCUAUACCUGUGGAAACAUUUCAACCACUUACUCAGCUGAAGUUCCUGUCACUUUCCAUGAAUAAUAUCAGCCAACUGUCUCCACAGACAUUCAGGGGUCUUUCUCAGAUGACACAUUUACGCCUUAACAAAAAUAUGCUGGAAGAACUUCCCAUUGCUAUUUUGGAUGACCUUGUGAAUCUAGCGGAACUGUCACUACAAGACAAUCAGAUCACUCACCUUCACCAUGAACUUUUUGCAAACAAUAUGAAACUCCAGAAGCUGUUCCUCUCCAACAACAAACUCACAUCUCUUCCACAAGGAAUCUUCCUGAACCUGCCCUUUCUUUCCCAGAUCUCUCUGUAUGAAAAUCAGCUGGAGAAUCUGGGUCCAGGAGUGUUCGGGCCCAUGGCCUUGCAGCAGUUGUGGCUGUAUGACAAUAAAUUAAGUCGUAUAGAAGAUGACACGUUCAAGAACCUGACUCAGUUGCGUCUUCUGGUGCUCAGUCGGAACCAGAUCAGUCAUGUGUCCACAGGUGCAUUUAGAGGGUUGGAGCAGCUGGGAGAGGUAUCGUUGCACACCAAUUUGCUCAGAGUCCUUCAAGCUGGAACUUUCCAAGGACUACCAAAGCUAGUUAACGUUUCCCUGGAGCACAAUUUCCUUGACAGUCUCCCUUCAGGAUUUCUCAAAGGUGUCAGUGACCUAGGAGAGAUCGACCUGAGCAAUAAUUCUUUUCCCAACCUACCACAGGAGAGUCUCAAUGCCCUCACUGCUGCGAGAGAAGUGCUUCUCAAGCAGAACCCCUGGAGAUGUGACAGAGACAUUUUACCUCUCAGGGACUGGCUCAGACAGUAUCCUUCAAAGGCCAACCAAACCCUUGUGGUGUGUGACACUCCUUUCAGUCUUACCGGUGAGAUGAUUGCUGAACUAACGGAUGAGAGCCUGAUGCUUCUCAGCUCAACCGAGGAGCCUGUUUUGACCUCAACAGAAAAGAGGAGGAAGCCCAACACACCUCCAACUAGCACUUCUUCACCUAAGGUCAAGACCACGCCCACCUCAGCGCACAUUGAAGUGACCAGCUGUGGACAAGGAGAGGGUGGAACAAGAUCUCACGAUCCUUCAAUCAUGCUAAUUGCCAUUGCAGUGGUGUCUACUGUCGUCAUCAGCACUGUCGUCAUCAGCUGUGUGUGCUGGAGGAGGAACAAGAGAGGCAAGGGGAAUAUCGGCCGCAGAAAUAAGAACUCUGUUCUUUAGAAUAACCCAUCAGACAACAAGACAAGAACUUUCAAAGACAAGGGAAGACACACAAUGAUUACUGUGAUGCACUUGGAAGAUAUGGAGCCAAGAUUUGAUUGUAGAAACUGAAGAGCAACACAAAGAACCACAGCAAUUUCAUACAAACAUAACAAACAUAUUUGCUUCAAAUUUCAUUAGCUUUCAGUUUAAUUUUCAGAUUUAUCAGUAAGCAAAGUUUAUCAAUCAUGCUGUAAAGAAAGAAAGAGGUGACAUUUUCUGCACUAAUUAUAAAAAGAUCUCUAUCUUGGAAAUAACCCUGAGCAUUUGAUAGGGUUUACUUCACUUAGUGUACUCAGCCUCUGAUUAAUUCUACACAAAAUGAGUUGUGGACUAACAAUGCAUGUAGCAAACUGAAAACGGGCUUAAUUUAUUUACUUAAUGUGAUUUUGAUUUCAUUCUGAUACAAAUCAAUUCAAAAUAUGUCAAUACAUUCAAUAAAUGCACAUCUCUUAAUGGGA